AUGUCAACAACUCAAUUCUACGCAGAACAGAUACUCCCCAACUUUCACUCAGACUCCUCCACCGCACACAGGCUUCACAUCGGACUUUUACAGACCAAAAAAUACUACUCAACAGCCGAGAUAACCACCACUCAAACUGCAGCGCCGCCUUCCACACACUCCGAAAACAUGGCACAAAUCGCAUCUCCCAAGCUCGAGCUCCUACGCGCCAAGCUCGCUCUUGCUAUCGGCCCCGUUGAGAUCAACCUCGCCUACGAUGAGGUCAAAGCCGCCCGUCCCGAUGCCCUCGAUGAGCCGUGGUCGAAAGACAUGAGUGGACCUCACCACCAUGUUGUGUUCAACAACAAGGCUUUCGUGCUCUCUGAAGUUGCGAACGAGCAGCUGGCUUCCGGAAUGGCGCGCGGUUGUCCUUCGAUCGAUGCAGGGGAGAACAUCAAGCUGUACCUAAACGACAUCUGGCAGCUUGAGGUAUUCCGGAUGAUGGGAUUAGACCUGGCUGCUAUCCGCUGCCCUAUCACUGGGCGUGACCCGUUGGGAUCCCUUUACUAUUCGCUGAUCACUGCUGUCAACGAACGUAUCUUGAAGCAGAAAUUCCAUGUCAAUGGGAACGAGGUGACCGAUGGGAUGGCGAAUCUAGGCAUCGAUGACGUGGCGUUGGAGGAGAAAGGGGACGAGCUAAAGGAGGAAGAAUGGCCGGAAGGGGAGAUUAGCAGUGAUGGUGGGCAGGAGAAGGAGGAUGGAGAUCAGGCGGCGCAGGAUCGAGAGAAGAACACAGUGAAGCAGAUGGCCGUGGAAGAAGAGAAGCAAGCGCACGUAGACGCAGUGUGA